AUGGCAUCUUUUUCGAUAUAUCGUCAGAUAUUUCUGACAAUCACUCUUGCUCUAGCAUACGGCACAGCAUUCAUCACAGCUGAUGUCUCGAUAUCUCAUCCUAUAUCAUCUCAACUACCUCCGAUCGCAUACGCCGGCAAACCAUAUACUUUCUCCCUAGCGCGAGAUACAUUCUCAUUUUCUGUUCCAGCCGACGCAAAAGCACCUUCUUCGCCUCCUAGCAUUGCAUAUAAUGUUGAAGAUCUACCUUCAUGGUUGAAGUUUGAUGCGGCUUCUUUGACAUUCACAGGAACACCGCCAGAUCAAGAUGCAGGAAAAACAGUUCAGAUACCCGUUGAAGGUAGCCUAACAUCAUCAACAGGAGGAUCGAGUGGAAACACUUCUGCUACAGAAGAUUUUGAUUUGCCAAUCAUAAACGAACCUGCACCGGUUGUCAAUAUUCCGAUCGUCAAACAACUCUCUUCUGCGAGUUCUUUAGGUCCUUCGAAAAUGCUUGCUGCGGACACAAUUCACUUACCGCUAGGAUGGUCAUUCAGCAUUGGUCUGCAAGGUGAUACAUUCACAAUCCCCACCGGUCAAAGAGUGUAUUGGUCCGCCAAUCUUGCCGAUGGAUCUGCUCUACCCACCUGGCUGACCUUUAGUGCGGAUUCAUACGACUUUUACGGUGUAGCACCAAACAAUGUUGGUCCACAAGGCGAAGAAUAUGAUGUUGUGAUCACUGGAUCCAACAGAGCUGGCUAUGGAGGAACAACGCAAACGUUCAAAUUGGUAAUUGGCUCAAAUGCUCUUGGCUUGAUGAGUCAAACUUUACCCGCAGCCAAUGCAAGUGUUGGAACGUACUUUCAGUACCAAAUUCCGAUUGAUGGACUGAAAAGUCAGGGCAGAAAGUUGACAGACAGUGAUUCGCUCACGGUCAAUUCAACUGUGAGUUCGGAUUUAUCUUGGCUCACAUUCGAGCAAAGCAAUCGUACCUUUUACGGUAUACCACCUUAUGAUCCUUACGGUAACGCUUCUUCAGUGACAAACGUUCAAAUACCAGUCACUUUCUCGGGUACGAAUUCCACUGAUUUGACCGUCAAUCAAACGAUCAGUAUCCAACCAUCUCUUUUUACGGCGCUACAAUUGCCCAACGUCUUUAUCGGACAAAGCUCAACGGUGAAUAUCGAUCUAUCACAAUAUUUACGCAACACCACUUCUGCACGUAAACGAGGAAGUAGCAAAAGAUUCGUCAGAGCAGUCUUGGCAGCUCAACCAAAUUUCGCCACACCAAAUGUAUCAGUAAGUUAUAAUCCGGAAAAUACGUCUUCUUGGUUGCAUUACGAUGCAAGUACGCUCACGCUGAAUGGACAAGUACCAAAAGGUUGGACAGAUCGCUCUCAAAUUACCCUUGAAGCUCCUGAAAAUGGUAAUGCGAUGAGCAAAGCUUCAUUUUAUCUCGCUUUCCAAGGCGAUAACGCCAUGGGUGCACCGACCAAUGGAAAGGGUGGAAAUGGCGGAAAUGGCAAUGGAAGCGGCGGAUCUGGCUUGAGCAAGACGGCAAAGGUUGCAAUCGGUGCUUCGUUGGGUGCUAUUGGCGCUGUUGCUGCUUUGAUCGCUUUGUUUGCUUGUUGUCGUCGUAGAUACGACAAUGACAUUGAUCAAUCAAGACAAGAAAAUUUCUCACGUGCUCCAGAAGAUGACGAAGGCACACUCACUGAUGCACCAAAGACCAAGAAAUGGAAGAAAGCCAUCGUUAUCGGUAGAGCAGGCGUUGGUGAGAUGGGAACGCCCAGUACUGCAGUUCCAAGUCCAAUGCCAGGAUUUGAUGAAAAGAUGCACGAGAAGAACGUUUCACCCAAUCAAGGUGAUUUGCAUAGCGUUGUCGUCGUUAGCCCUAAUGGACGAAGAAGAAAUGCAAUGGAAGAAGCUGAAGCUCCAAUGCAAAGUCGAUUGAUCACUAAUCUAUUCGGAGGUCAUGGAAAAGAAGAUGGCCGUUCAAAGAAGCGUGGCAGUAAAAUGUCUCAAGCAAAUUCAAAUGGAACUGGACUGGGUCUCAGUAUGGGAGAUUCAGGCGAAAUUGAUCCAUUUGCUGCAGGACCUGAACACGGUAGAAUUCGACAUCAAAGAAGUCGUCAAAGCGUAAACAGUCAAAGAUCAAGUUGGGAAAGCGAUUUGUUCUACGAAGACGCUCCUUCGCAACAACACGGUAGCUCUGAACAACAUGAUGGACAUGAAGGAUUGACGAUGCCAUCCAGUGAAAUGGACGAUAUGCCAAGAAGACGUGGUAAGCCAACGACAAGAUCAGGAACUGGCUUGAACGUUCGACACCGUAAUACACACAUCAACGAAAGUCCAGCUUUCAGUGCACCUGAUGCGUUUGUGGCUGAAUCUAUUCCAGGCACCAACAGCAGCAGAAGUAAUCUCGAUGGUGUAGGAAUGGCAGCAAUGGAUUCAAAUUUCUCCAUGGAAGGUGAAUAUCUAGACUCGCAGACUGGUCAAACACCUGGAAGAUUGGGCGAAUCAGACGCACGAAUCUUGAAGGCUCGUGUGAUGCAAGUUCAAAGACAUUCGCCUGUCUUACAUCAAGGAUCGAACAAUCCAUUUGCAACCCCUAGUGUUGGCAGACAAGGUAACAAUUACUCAUCUGCAAGACCAUAUCACGUUGACGGUGGAGAAGCAUUUGAUGAUGCAGAAGAUGAUGACGAAUGGCCAGCAUCGGAAGGUCAUGCAGUGCCCGUGAGCCGUCAGUACAAACAAGGAAAGCAAAACAACCGAAACAGCGUGAUGAGCGCAAUGACGGAUGCUAGUCAAUUGGCAGGCGUUCGUGCACAUUACGCAAACGAAGCUGCAAUGGAAGCCGAAAUGGAUGGUGCAUCAAUCUCAGCUUUUGAUCCUCGUGAGACUGUCAAGCCGGUCAUGGCACGACCUCAAACACCUCCUCAGCAACAAAAUGCUACGAGAAGCGCACAAAAGAUCAAAAUCAUUCCCACAACACCCAAAACGCCCAAACGUGCUCCGGGCUCAUCAGGAUCAGCUUCGGGUAAAUAUUUGCCUUGUCCACCUGUUGAAGCUGUCAUUGGACAUCUUCUACGAUUCCGAAUGUAUCCCAACACACCACCUCCUUUGGCUGGCGCUCCAGGAUCGCCCGGCAAACGAUCAGGCAGAACGGUUCGAUACGAGCUCACAAUGUUGGACGAUAGACCACAUUUGGCCAAAUAUAAAAAUCAAUGGCCAGUGAUGAUGUCUGAUUGGCUUUCUAUCGAUACAUCAACUUUUGAAGUUGAAGGAGUUGUUCCAAGAAUUGCAGAAUUGGAACAAUUAGGAGAUUGUGAAAUCGGUUUAAUCUCUACAACAAGAAUAAGCGGAAAUCCAAAUUCACCCGAACGUAAUAACAAUACCCCACAAAACAAAAGAAGUAGCGUUUCUUCCUAUGAAAGUGGAGGAAGAACAUCAAUCUCAAACGACGAAGAACGAACGGUGGUAGCACGAGCAAGGCUGGUAUUCCAAAAUGCUGCACCUAGAAUCUUUGUUCCAAAACAUGGUCACGCAUUCUGA